UUUUUAGGUAAGAACCCCAGGACCAAAGCACCCAAGAUCCAACGACUUGUUACGCCACGUGUCCUACAACACAAACGUCAUCGUAUUGCUCUGAAGAAACAACGAACAAAGAAAAACAAGGAGGAGGCAGCAGAAUACGCUAAGCUUUUGGCCAAGAGAAUGAAGGAAGCCAAAGAAAAGCGCCAGGAACAGAUCGCCAAGAGACGCAGGCUGUCUUCGCUGAGAGCUUCUACUUCUAAGUCAGAGUCCAGUCAAAAACAAGUCUUUAAGGAUAACAAAUAAAUAAUCACACAUUGAGUCUCUGUUA